ACAAAUAUAAUGUAUAAAAGUAACCUAAAGCUACCCAAGCGCUAUUCAGCAGGAAAGGGCAAACAAACAGUUAAAUAGUACACAUUAUUAAGCAGGACGUACAAAGCAUGGACGAUGAGAGCUUCAGAGCCCGCGUACACAAAGUUUUCGGCUGUCUGUCUUCAUCAUCACCUUCACCUUCGGCAUCGGUGUGGUCUCUCAGCGACGACGAUGUGGAGAAGAAAGAGUGGAAUCGAAGCGCACUGAAGCAAGGGAAAGACGAUGAUGACCAUAACCUUUGCUCUUCAUCGUAUGAUGGAUUAUUCAAACAAAAAUGCAGGAACAUGACUCAAGAGCUCGAAAAUGUUAUCAAUGAUGAUGGAAGUGGUUUUGAUGAUGUUUGGGAGAUCAGAUCCUCUAUUGGCUUAGAUUCCACGCUUGAUAAUGAGGAGGAGGAAGAUGAAUAUGAUAGAGUGGCUGAGGGCGGAGUGGAUGCUGGUGAUCGCUUGUACAUGAAAAAUAUUAUUGAUCAGGAAACAUCUUGUGAUCCUUCCGGACAUAACAUCCGUAGAGAUCCACGUGCAAAUCAUAUGGCUGCACAAGUUAGGCUGAAGGAAGAUGCUGAUGCAGCGGAGAAAUGUGAAACACAUUUUGAUGGUAUCACUCUAAGUGGUGAGCAGCAUUCAGCUAAACCACUUCAGGAUCACUGUAACGUGAAGCCAAUUUUGAAAAAAACAAGGAAAUCAGUGAAUGGUGGGCUCAAGUCUACUAAACGGGUCAGGUUUGAUCCUGGUUGUAAAGAUGAAUCUGAAGGGGCAUCAGAACUAAAAGUUUCUUGGGCAGCUCCUGCAUCAGCAAAAUCUAAUUUUGAAGACAAUGAAUCCAUUAGCAGUAGGCUGAAGGUUCCUGAUCAUGUUCUCAACCCGACAAAGUAUACUUGCUAUAGUUUGGAUUCACCUAGUGAGCUUGUUGAUGAGUCAAAUAGUCAAGCUUGCAGACACGUUCUUGAGGAGGUUGAGAAGUCAAAGGAUGAUCAACUGGCACAAGUGUCAGAUACUAAUUCUAAAUCAGUAGUUUUUGUACCUAGGCAGAAGAACACGGAUGCUAUAGCAGCAAUGGAUGCAACUCUGUCAAAGGGAAUGCUUGAAGAUGCUUGUAAUGAAUCCUUGCACCCAAAGGGCUUCCCUGUUUGCAUUGCUGCUGGAGAGGAAGAUCCAAUGGAAGAAGAUAUGGAAGCACGUGUGGCUGAGAAUAACAUUGUGCCCCGAAAACCAGAACGUCGAUAUCGAAUCAAGGCAGGGAUGGAGGACACUUGAUCUUAUGUUUACUAGAAGCUAGUAUCUGUGUUAGUUGUUCAUUUAGCAGAAAUGUUAUUUGCAAGUUCUUGGCUUUGCUACCUCCGACCCCAAAACACCAUCACCAAAUAAAAAAAGGAAAAGAAACAAUAUAUGUCCCAUUCCUCACCCAGGAUUAUAAACAUAUAUUGUAGUGUGCUUUUACAUGACCCGUAUAUUUUUAAGGGCGUUGAACAAUUCGUGAUCAAAUUUUACUUGUAAUUGUCUUUAUUAUUUGGUGGGCUCA